GCCGGGCGAGGGGCCGCGCUGGAGGCCUUCAGAGAGCCAAGGAUCCUCUCCCAGGCCCAGAAAAGCCAGCUGCUGGUGUGAAUGUUCCCUUAGGGGCCACCAGCACCGCCGUCACGGACCCCGGAGCCCUGCUGCAGGCCUACAUAGACAGUCACCCUGUGGUCAUCUUCAGUAAGUCCACCUGCAAACGCUGUGCGGAGGUAAAGGAGUUAUUUAAAUCUAUGUGUGUUCCAUGUUUCUUCCUUGAACUUGAUCAAGCAGAGGACGGGCGCCGCCUCGAGGGAGCCCUCGCGGAGCUGACCGCGGAGACCGAGCUGCCGGUGGUGUUUGUGCAUCGGAGAAAGCUAGGCGGCCAUGGUCCGACCCUGAAGGCUUUUCAGGAGGGCAUACUUCAAAAGCUAGUGAACAUGAACGGCUCUGAGGAUCUCCCCGAGUCCUAUGACUAUGACCUCAUCAUCAUUGGAGGGGGCUCUGGAGGACUGGCGGCUGCUAAGGAAGCAGCCAAAUAUGACAAGAAGGUAAUGGUCCUGGAUUUUGUCACUCCAACCCCUCGUGGAACCAGAUGGGGUCUUGGAGGAACCUGUGUCAAUGUGGGCUGCAUACCUAAAAAACUGAUGCACCAGGCAGCUUUGCUAGGACAAGCUCUGCAGGACUCUCGGAACUACGGCUGGAAUGUUGAGGAGACAGUUAAACACGACUGGGAGAAAAUGACUGAAGCUGUGCAGAACCACAUCGGCUCGCUGAACUGGGGCUACCGGGUGGCCCUGCGGGAGAAAAAAGUCACCUAUGAGAACGCCUAUGGGCAGUUUGUUGGUCCUCACAGGAUUAAGGCAACAAAUAACAAAGGCAAAGAAACAAUUUAUACAGCGGAGAGAUUUCUCAUUGCCACUGGUGAAAGGCCACGGUACUUGGGUAUCCCUGGGGACAGAGAAUAUUGCAUCAGCAGUGAUGACCUUUUCUCCUUACCGUACUGCCCGGGUAAAACCCUGGUGGUUGGAGCAUCCUAUGUGGCUUUGGAAUGUGCUGGAUUUCUUGCUGGCAUUGGUUUAGAUGUCACUGUUAUGGUGCGGUCCAUUCUCCUCAGAGGAUUUGACCAGGAUAUGGCCAACAAAAUUGGUGAACAUAUGGAAGAACAUGGUGUCAAGUUUAUAAGACAGUUUGUACCAAUAAAAGUGGAACAGAUUGAAGAAGGGAUGCCAGGCCGACUCAGGGUGGUGGCUAAGUCCACCCAAAGUGACGAGACCAUCGAGGGAGAGUACAACACGGUGUUGCUGGCAAUAGGAAGAGACGCUUGCACUAGAAAAAUUGGCUUAGAAACCGUGGGUGUAAAGAUCAAUGAAAAGACUGGAAAAAUACCUGUUACGGACGAAGAGCAAACCAAUGUGCCUUACAUCUACGCCAUCGGUGACAUCCUGGAGGGCAAGCUGGAACUCACCCCCGUGGCCAUCCAGGCCGGGAGAUUGCUGGCUCAGAGGCUCUAUGCUGGCUCCUCCAUCAAGUGUGACUAUGACAAUGUUCCAACAACUGUAUUUACUCCUCUGGAAUAUGGUGCUUGUGGUCUUUCUGAAGAGAAAGCUGUGGAAAAAUUUGGUGAAGAAAAUAUUGAGGUUUACCAUAGUUACUUUUGGCCCUUGGAAUGGACAAUUCCAUCAAGAGAUAACAACAAAUGUUACGCAAAAAUAAUCUGCAAUAUCAAAGAUAAUGAACGUGUUGUCGGCUUCCACGUCCUGGGUCCAAAUGCUGGAGAAGUUACCCAGGGCUUUGCAGCUGCCCUCAAGUGUGGCCUGACCAAAUCACAGCUGGACAGCACCAUUGGGAUCCACCCCGUCUGUGCAGAGGUAUUCACGACGCUGUCUGUGACGAAGCGCUCCGGAGGGGGCAUCCUCCAGGCUGGCUGCUGAGGUUAAGCCCCAGUGUGGAUGCUGUCGCCAUGACUCCGCACCACGGACAUCCCCGUGCCAAAUCCAAGGCCAAGUUUUGGGGAAGGUUCUCGGACCUGGGCACCUGUGUGUCCUGUGCCUCCACCACCCGAGGCCCCUUGGAUGUCGUGGGUAGGAGGUGGUAAGCGGAAGGCAGGCAGCAUCCCACUGGGGUCACCAUGACAGACUGGGAACUGACUCGGCAGAGCAUCGGAGCAUGCAUCCAUGAAGUCACCGGCCUCAAGCCCGUGUGGGUGGGCAGUGACGGAUCGUCUGCUGGGGCAGUUUCGGCGCCCUCACCUUUGUGGGUGCUCACUCUCUCUUCUAGCUUUUUAAUGUUGAUUACUUUUUUCCUUUUUUCUCCAUGGUAUUAAUGAUAACUAGAAAUGAAAAGUGUUAGCAGCUGAUUUCUGUCCAUGAGCAAGUUAGGGCUGGAUAGUGCAAACAAAGUGGCUCGUUGCGUGGAAGACUCGAGAUGGCUCACUUGUCCUGUGCAAGAGGCUGUCCCGGGGCUCCCGAGUGCUGGCUUCCCCCACCUCUGCAGCAGUGGCUCCCGAUAGGCCGUGUCCAGGCAAAUUCAUGACCGUCUCUGACCAAAUUCGCCCCCGUGCACUACAUCACUGAUGAUUGCUACUUUCCUAGUUGUGUUCGGGCAAGGAAAUGGCUGCUUGGCCGAGGCUGCACGGAGCCGGGUGGGACAGGCCGGCUUCGUCGCGGUGUGCGUGAGAGUCACAUCUUAAACGGGGAAAAGAGGAGUAAAUCUCCCUUUACUUAGCUUGUGUGUUGGUCUAAGUGAGCUGAGAUCUCUUGCAAAGGAAAACACCUGUGGAAGGCUUUCUUCGUGGUAGCUGUGGCGUUAAGCCAAACCCCACCGAGGACGACUCGACUUUCCUGGUGUGUCAGGUAGCUCUCCCCUCCCAGGAGCCACACUCGUAGGCCUUCCCACGCCUAUGUUAGCCCUCGCGCAGUCAUUGCUUUUUAAAAGAAGCUGUUAAUAGCCUAAGUUAUUAUUGAACACAGGUGGAUGUGAAGGAUUUUCAUUUAAAAACCGAAUGGUGUUGACUUUCUCUGUUGAAAGAACAGCUGCACCUGGCGGAGUGUGGCCGGCGUGUCUGUGCCUCGCCGCGUUCCGGCUUGUGUUAUGGCAAAGAGGUGCUCGCUCACAGUUACAGGCCCUGUGCGCCAUCCUGAGGAGGAGGCCGUCUUUGUGUAUUUGGACUCCAGACACGUGCUGUGGACACCCGCCUCCAAUCGGCAGUUCCCAGUUCUUGUGAUUCCCUCCUGCGCGCAUCUUGGCUGCAGCGCCGGCGGCUGGUCCCAAGCGCGCUUCUGGGUCACCGCGGGCACAUCUGGGCCGGCCUGGCCUUUGGUCAGCAGAGUGCCCGGCCCUCACCCGCAGGGCGCUGCUUCACGCCCACCCUCCCAUCCGGGUCUGUGAAGAAAACAGAAAAAGGAAGAAAGGACCCGGGGAAUGAGGUGGCCGACUGUCGCUGCUUUAUUUAUUGGUUUGAUUCGUUUUUCCUCCAAGUCUGCCAGUCUCUGGAAUUGGAACGUAGCCGCGUGAGCCGCUGCACCUGAUCAUGUUGUGAUUCUCUCUUCUUAGUGGCACGUGGGAGGCUCUGCCCCCACAGGAAGGAUCGUACUUUAUAGACUUGUCUUGUUUAGAUUCUGUCGUAGCCCAAUGUGUUAAAACCCGUACUAAAUUCCAUGUAUUUUUAUUACAAAUCUUCUGAGAAAACAAUGUGAAACAUUAAAAGUAUUGCU